CUGAUAUAAACCUCACCGGGCUCCCCUCUGCUCUCACUCCUCACCCCUCCCGCAACCACAUCUUCAGCUCCUGCAAAGACUUGUCUGUCUCCAAUUCCUGCUCAAUUCCUCGUAUCAGCUUCUAUCCCACCAUCCCUCAAGAUGAAGUCUUUCGCCAUCCUCGCUGCCACCUUUGCCGGUGCCGCUUUCGCCCAGGACAUGCCCACUGGAGACUGCGCCAUGCUCUGCAUUAACAACAUGGCCCGCAUUGCCCAGUCUGAGUUGUCCUGCGGUGACGACAUUGCCUGCUUCUGCAGCCGCUCCAACUGGGCCUUCGGUAUCCGUGACUGCUCUCGCCAGGCCUGUGACGCCGAACAGUCUGCCAGCGCUGUCCAGUGGGCCUAUGCUCGCUGCGCUGGUAUUGCUGCCACUGCCAGCGAACAGCCCGCCGCUCUUCCCAUUCUCACCUCUGCCGUCGCCAGCGCCACUGCCUCUGGCGGCAACGCUGCUUCCAGCGCCGCCUCAGAUGCCUCGUCUGCUGCCUCUUCCGCUGCUUCGGACGCCUCUUCCGCUGCCUCGGACGCCUCUUCCGCCGCCUCGUCUGCUGCUUCCGGCAUGACCUCUGUCGCUAGCUCUCUUGCAUCUGAGGCCUCUGGUCUCACCUCUUCUAUCCUCUCCGAGGCCAACUCUGCUCUUUCAUCCCUCCAGUCUGAGGCCAGCGAGGUCCUUUCAUCCGCCACUGAGGCUCUCUCCUCUGCUACUGGUGCUGCCGGCUCUGCUGCCUCGUCUGCUACCGAAGCUGCUGGCUCUGCUGCCUCCUCUGCCACCCGGGCUGAGGGUGCCGCCCCCAAGGCUACUGGCAUGUCCAUCGCCGCUGGUGCCGGUAUCGCUGCCUGGCUUCUUCUCUAAGUGCAUCACAUCAUAUCUUACCAAAGGCCAUCACCUAGUGGAGUAAUGUGUAUAAUGACUAGAGCUAUGCGUCGGUAAUGGAAGGCGGCCUUUGGAUAGUGGAUGGGUGGGCUGGUUUCUUUUCUCUCCUAAUGAACACUGACGAGAGAGCAUGAUGAUAAUGACGACUGAGUAAUGCUAUUCUGAGCAUUCGAUUUGAUACCCCAAUACGGGACUUGUAGAUAGUGCAUCAAUGAUAAUACUUGUUACGAUGACUUUUUGUACCUCUUGUUUGUUCCUUGCUCUUGUGAUGAUAGCUGCUCCGGUUGCAAAUGCCAUGUAGUUGGCAGUAGCCCAUUAUUCUUUGUCGCGGCUACCAUGUACAUUUAGUUGUAUGGUAUGGUGCUGGUGCUGGUGCUGGAC